UCUAUCUAUCUAUCUAUCUAUCUAUGUGUGGCCAUCUCUAUUGCGGUGUGUGUGUGUUUGUAAACUCGGCACAUGCAAUUGGGGUGCUUUUCAUGGAUGCCAAAGACAAACAGAUAAUUCGAGCACUUAUUCAAAUGCAAAUAUUCUUACAUGCACACAUAUUAUAUGUGAAAAACAGAGGCACAAAUCACACAUCAUCUAACUUAGGACAAUGACAAUUAAAACGUUAAAAUUAACGUUUAAAACAGCAAAAAUACCUAAAUUGAGUCAAUCAAAGAUCUGGGAUGGUAUCUUUAGGGCUAUCUAGCUCCUCCUGGUGGUGAGUUUGAGGAAUAGCUGAUCACCAAAAGUUUGAACUUUGAUCUUGAGACUGGUGUUAAAAUAUAGGGUGAAGAUUCGACCAGAUUUUGUCUGAACAGUCAAACUUUCUGGACCUGGGUUGUGUUUGACCUUGUGUGUUUGCCAUGCAACAGUGAACAAGGCACAGUGCAAAUAAAGUUGCAAUUCAACACUUUGAAAUAGGCUAGUGGGUGGAGUGGGGAUGGAAGCACUUUGAACUGAGGAAUCUGUUUUUUUAUCUCGUCAUUAAGUGUAUGUUUAAUGAUAAUAAUAUCAGUACUGUGGACACAUUACGACAACACAGUCUAUGCAGAAAUGGACAGGAACCUAACUUGUACAACAACAAGCUUCCUGUGUCAGCCCUUGACAUCAGAGUAAUAGGAUAAAGUACUUCAAAAGCUGCAGAUUAACAUUGCAGCGCUCUUUCUCAGUGAAGGACAUUCUUAUAUGGCGAAGAGGGUUCACCUCCAGUGUCUGGGAUUGUAUGCAAUUCUGCUUCAUCUUUCAAGUGGAGAUAAAGUGGUUUCCAUCAACACACCUCUGGGGGAGAAUGUCACGCUGCACUGUAACACAUCUGGAAUGGAUAUAACAAAAAUCAUAUGGUCAAAGGAUGGGAUCCAGGUGUUUUUAUAUAGCCCAGUAUUGGAAGACGGAAAAGACAAAAUCAAAACAAGCUUCACUUCAGAAAGGAUGAGUGUUGAUCGUUCUACUAUGGUGCUGCAUAUAUCUGACGUGCAGGUCUCUGAUGUGGGAAUAUACACAUGUGAAGUAACAGGUUCUCAAGCCCAAAAGACAGAAACAUGGAACUUAACCAUUACUUCAGUCUCACCAGAUCCAUCCCAAUUGAUCUACAUCAGCACUGCUGCCUCAGGGGCAAUCCUCAUCAUCUUCUGUAGCAUAUUAUGUAUUUACAAGGUAAUGAAAAAGAAGUACAACUCUGGGGGACAGGCAUCAAUACAGUCAAAUGGACCAAGAGAAGGGCAGGAUUUUGAAAUGUCACAACAAAGACAAGACCAGAGGAUAAGCAGACAGAGCAGUCAGUAUCUGGAGAGAUACAACUCUGUAUAUGGAAAGUUCUGAAUCCACUAUAGGCAUGAGAGUGCAAUGGACAGAAGUGAAGCGAGUGGUUUUAUGUCACUAUACAAAAAUGUAUUCAAAUAGAACAUUUUAGUCUUGGAUUGAGCCCAGGACUGAACCAUAGAGUUCAAAUAAUGCAUACAUCUACAGUGCAGCAUCACCGAAGACAAACAAUUGAACCAUUUGGAAAACAAACUUCACAAUAAUCAUCAAUGCUGGUUAUCUCAAUGGACUCACAUUGUUUAAAUCAGAAGCCAUCUGUUUAAAGAAGCUAAUGAGCUACAUGAUUUCAUAUUUAUAUUUGAUACUCCAUACUAUAGAUUGAGGACUGCGUAGCACUGUGUUGAUCCACCCCUCUACCUUCACAGAGCCACAAAGUUGUAUGCCAAAGUGACAGAGGCUAAAAGUGACGAGUAGCAUGCUAUCAUUUAAUUGGAUAGCCAAGUUUGACUAUCACCUAUUCAGGCCGGUGAUAGGGUAGUAGCUAAAGAGGCUAAGUCUAGUAGUUGUGAGAUUCCCUGCUGCCACUGUUGUGCCCUUGAGCAAGACACCUAACCCUAAACUGCUCUGGGGAGACUGGCCCUGUAAUAAUUGAUCUGUGUAAGUUGCUUUGGAUAGGUGUUAGCCAAAUGAAUAAAUAAUGGGAAUUAAAACUCUUCAGACACAAAAUAUUAUUACAGCAGUAUUGUUCAUUGUGAUAACUACAGUUGAUGUUAGCAUUUUAGCAUAUUUAUUGACAUUACAUCAAUACAUUUCACUGUUCUUCUCAAUACAAUGAUAUCUUAAUUUAUUUGUAAUGUUUUAAUGGAAAUGAUUGUAUAAGUAGCCUACCAUAUAUAUGAUGCAAUAAAAAAAUAAAAUAAAAAUGUAUUUUUUGACAAAUGUGUGUCAUUUACAUUUGUGAUAGUUUGUAUUUAGGGUUACUAACAAAACAGUACCUGUCUAAUUGCAAAACCCAGCUUUUACGAUAAAUCUGAGCACUUUACUUUAUUAUUUUCAUACUUUUGCAUGUACCAGAAUACACCACAGCAGCA